UUUCUGCAACAACUUCACACCAAAAUCAGCAUUCACGCGCAGCGACUCUCUUCUCGUGGCCUCUCCAUGCUUGCUCGUGGUUUAGUCGCCAAUUUCUUACUCCUCAGCCGGACAUGGCAUACGAUUUGCAUAUUACAAGUAUUAUCAUCAUAUGUGUCCAGUUUGCUUUCCAUCGUCAUUUUCCUGCUGUCA